AUGGAUUACUCUGAUGCCUUCCGACUAGUAAAUCUAGGCGUUGGGGGACUGAUGGCCUUUGGCGGCAUCUAUCACAUUUUUCCCAUAUCAAUCUCUAAUGUGAUAAUUGGAUUAUACGUGGCAUUGUUUGGUGCUGACUUAUACAUGAUAGAAUUCCAAAUCCCGCCACAGAUUUCACGCUAUGCAUCCUUUCUUUUCUCCUUUAUUGGUCGUGGAGCCUUUUACAUCUUUGUCGGCUCCAUCUUACUUCAAAAUCACAUUAUGAAUAUUAUCUUUGGCACCUUGAUAGGGAUUAUCGGUGUUAGCUAUGUUAUACUCGAGUUUAUACCCUCUAUAGAGCCGCCACAAAAUAUGCGUGAGGCAGAUGCUGGAUGGGGCACGGAACAAGUAUAG